AUGAACAUUCAUGGUAAACCCUCAACAAUCAGUGCGUUGUCUUUAUUAACUGGUUGCUUUCCUUCGAACCAUUCGAGAAGUACUCCUACAAACGUAAUGAAGGGUCAAGCAAUACGGUUGCUUUUGGAACACCUCGGGGUUGAAUACAAAGAGCGACUGUAUGACCAAAGAGAUGCAUCUGUAUGGUUUGAAACAGACAAACACGCAUUGAGUCUAGAAUUUCCCAACGUGAACGGAGACUUCAAAUUAACGGAGUAUUGCGCCAUUCUGAGGUACAUUGCAGAAAAGUAUGACACAGUUGGAAAAACCUUGCAGGAAAGAGCAAAAGUUAGCAUGCUGGAAAGCGCCGCGUCCGAGUUACGCUUUGACAUCAGGGUGGCAAUGAGCGCCCAUAUGAAAGAUGAACGUGAGAAAUUUUUGAAAAGAGUGCCAAUUAUACUUAAACAAUGGUCAUCUUUCCUUGGAGAAAAACCUUUCCUACUGGGUGACUCACCACUUUACGUCGACUUUAUGCUGUACGAAGACUUGGAUGUGCUGUUAUAUUUGGAACGGACCAUUUUGGAUGAGACCGAAAAUCUGGUACUUUAUAAGAAACGAAUUGAAGAGCUACCGGCAAUUAAAGCGUACAUGAAUUCUGAAAGGUUUAUCAAAUGGCCCCUUCACUUUCCGUACGCAGCCUUUGGAGGCGGAGAUGCACCUGCGGUUCAAUAGUAACUACACUUUGACACAAUGUGCCCCAGCCAGUUCGUUUGCUGAAUGUCGGAUAAAUGACUGCAGGUGACGCUGUCACACACAUCGACAUGGGAUUUGUUGAAUAAUAAACAGCAUACCUCAUUUU